CGUAUAAUACUGGUGGCCGCUUCGGGUCACAGUCAUGACACCGAGUCGCCAAGGUUCGCUUCUCGCCGGCGUUCUGCUCGCGAUAGCAUGUGCAACGCAACAGGGUCAUGGCGUGAGAAACGUAUUCACAGACUUCGGGUUUCGUGCGCCUCAAAUGGCCGCGAGUUCGGUCACCAAAAACGACCAAGAAUGCGACUGUAGUUGCGGAUCACCGAACGUCGACACGAAGAUUGUAGGCGGCGAACCAUCGGGCGUGCACGAAUACCCCUGGAUGGUCCGUCUGUCGUAUUUCAAUCAAUUCUAUUGCGGCGGUACACUGAUCAACGACAGAUACGUGCUGACAGCCGCACACUGUGUCAAAGGAUUCUUUUGGCCACUGAUCAAAGUCACCUUUGGCGAACACGAUUAUUGCAACACCACCAGAAAACCAGAAACCCGAUUCGUCUUGAGGUCUAUUGUAGGUGAAUUCAGUUACCUGAAUUUUCAAAACGAUUUGGCGCUGUUACGACUCAAUGACCGAGUGCCAAUGACCGCAACCAUAAGGCCCGUUUGUUUGCCGACCGAUGCAAACGACACGUACAGCAACGGCAUAGGAAAGGCGGCGGGUUGGGGUACGCUGUACGAGAACGGAAGUCCGUCGUGUCACCUGAGACACGUGGACGUGCCGAUCGUUGACAACGACGAGUGCGCCAAGACCAAUUACACGGGCGACCUGAUCACGGAGAACAUGAUUUGCGCGGGACACGAACUUGGCGGCAAGGACUCUUGUCAGGGCGACAGCGGCGGACCGCUGAUGAGACUCAUGGAAAACAAACGGUUCGAGAUCAUCGGGAUUGUGAGCUGGGGUCACGGAUGUGCCCGUCCUGGAUAUCCUGGAGUUUACACAAGAGUUGCCAAAUAUUUGCCUUGGAUCAAAGAAAACUCCAAAGAAGGAUGCUAUUGUUCACAAUGAUACAGAUUGAAGACACAGUACUCUGUAUACAACUAGAAAUCACAACACAAAUAUAAUAUAGCACACUUACCAAAUAUUAUCGUAAUAUUAAGUUCAAACGAGAACACAUAAUUUAUUAUUAAUUUAAAGUUCAUUACUUAAUAAUCAUACUUUAAUUGCAACUAUAAUUAAUUAUUGUGAUAAAAUAAAAUUGUAGAAAUAUAAUUGGUGUAUCAUAGACCAUAGAAAAAUUGACAAUUUGAGAAAUUUUUUAAUAAUUUUUGAGAUAAUUUUAACAUAUUUAAACAUAUAAUUCAAUAUUUGCAUGACACAUCCUAUGUAGUGUGUACAGUAUAUAAUAUUGAUUGUAGUUGAUAACCCUUUUACGUUUCUAUUUGCUAUAUAUUUUUUUUUUUUUUUAAUCAUGGUAGAAAAAAGACAAUAAGCUGAAUAUUGCAUAAAAAUAUAUUCACUAUAUGCAUCAUGAAAAAUAAAAUUACUGUCUUUCUAAUUAAUUAACAUACCUACAAUGUGUUAUUUACAU